GCGAGCCGUCUACUUCUCCCCCUCCUCCCUCCCCCUUGAAGCCCCUGCCUCCUUCCUCCCUCUGCUUUCGUCAGGCUCCCCAAAAGAGGCCAAAACCAACCAAGAACCGCGCAGCCGGGCUCGCCUCGCACACGGACUGCUCGGGUUUUCCACUCCCGGCGGCCAUUGGGGCGGCCUACAAGGCCGGGGCGGUCGCUUGCAUUGGCGCGGCGGUCGUAGCGGCGGAGCGGGCGUUUACGGGGCGGAGGAGAUGUCCUACUCCAAGGGCCUGCUGUUCACGAAGGGCGCGCUCGGGACGGUGUGGGUGGCGGCGGUCCGCGGCGAGGCAGCGCUCAGCCGGGAGCAGGUCGCUUGCAUGGACAUCGUCGCCUCCGUUGAUAAGAUACUAUCCGAUGUCCAAACCCCACACAGAAUACUGGCACUGCUUCUGCUUGGAAUUGUUAGGAUAUACUCCAAGAAAGUGGAAUACCUCUACCAUGAUUGCAAUCAACUUUUUCGCUCAUUUGAACUGAGACGUUUUGCUGAACCAAGUACGUCAACUGGAAGGUCGAUGUAUGGAGUUUUAAAGCAAGUGAAAAAAGCUGUCCGUGCAGGAAGAUUAGGCCAACAAGAUACCAGCAAAGUCAAGAAACCUGUUCAUGCUGCGAGAACUGGAAUUUCUGGUCCAAUAUCAAGUGAAGGUCUCUCUUUAACGGUAGCAACAGAAGUCAUUGUUCGAACAUCUGUGGUAGUCCGAGAAGCACGUGCGCCAGAUGAUCUGCCAACCUUCACGAUACCAAAAAGAUUUGAGCUUGACUCUUUCGACUUGGAGAUUGAUGAAGAUAGAGAUGAUGAAGGUGUGGACCACCAUCAGUCGGCAUGCCAAGAUAUCUUAUUGGAAGAUGACCACCAUCAUGCCCCCUAUUUGUAUGAGUCUUAUCAAAGGGCGAUAUGUUCACAUGCUGAUGGAGGCUCUGCUUGUUUUAUGCCAGAAUACAUUGCUCUCCCACCGGAAAUGAUCAGUGCUAUUAGUGAAGUUAAUAAUAUUCCAGACUUGAGUAAUGAAGGGGAUGGACAUGAAAGAGAAAAUCAGAAUGAUGAUUCUGCUUGCUUCACACCAGUGAAGGAUGUUCUUCCACCUGAGAUGGAGGAUACGGUGGCUGAAGUAAAUGACCCUUCUAAUAAAAGCAAAAGGGGAGAGAAAUCUAGAAGAGAGCUGACCAGGGAAGAGAAUGGGGGUUCUGCUGAUUCUAUCCCUUUGCCAGAGAUUCAAGAAGGGCAAAACCCUAAGAAUGUUCUGGAGGAUGUGACUACUCCAAGCCUUACUGCAAAUAACCCCACAAUUGAAGAAUCUGAAUACUUUGAAACUGCACCACCCGUAGGAGAAUUUCUUGAGCAUGAUCCUGUAGAUCAUCAGUCGCUGGAACCUCCUAUCGUAAGUUGUAAAACAAGGACAACUGAUGAGCUAUCACCUUCCACUCCAGAGCCCUUGCCAGAGGGUGUCCCAGGGCCCCCCUUGCCUAGAUUUACAGUAAGGACACCGGCUAAAAGUGAGAAUCGGGUUACGAGAAAAAGAAGAAGGGGAUUGUAUAAUAAGGAGGAUUAUAUACCAAUAGACAGAGAAAACAACCGGCGGGUGAGAAGAGCAACAUGGUUACUGUAUGAUGAGCAUGUCGUACUACCUAAUAAAAUGUUGAGAAAAGCAAUAGAGGAUGCAAGUGAUCUGAUGCACCAAAGAAGGAAGGCACCUCACACUUACCUUGAUGCUUGGAAGGUUGCAAAAAUUAGUUCUCUGCCAGAUGCUUUCAUGGAUCCAAUAUUUCCAUAUUCAACUUGGCUCCACCCUGGUUGCAACACUACACCAGAUGCACCUGAAAGUUCAUGCAGGGAAUCAGUUAAAACAAGAAGACGUCUUUCAUACAAAUUUUCUGAAUCUAACCAUUCUUGCAAGGAUGCUGAAGAUACAGAACAAGAAUGCAUUCUAGAUGGACUAAGAAAGAGAAAGUUGGACGAAUUAGCAGAUAUUCAGGCACCUGGCUGUUACAUUGAAAGCGGGCAUGUUCAAGAUGAUGUUUGUGAAUGUAUUGAUGAUACAGCCAAAGAGAAAGGAACACAAGUCAAAGGAGAUGAACAUAGUUCAGUAGAUCCCUUGAAAACGGGAAUGUAUGAAUCAGAGAAUCAUGCUCCAUUGCACAAUGAAACACUGAAUUCUGCUUUAGAUUAUAUAGACGAGGAUGUUUUUAUGGAUGAGGAGCAUACCAGAGAUGAAGUUUUGCUGAGUUCAACAAGAACUAGGAAAAUAGCAAGGUGCCUUCAUCAGCUGCUCCUGGACCAGAAGUGCAAGCAAUUGAACAAUUCUUUAAGCCUCAGUCAAGCCCUUGAAGGGAGGAAGAGGAAAACUUCUGCAAGAUUCUUCUAUGAAACUCUGAUUCUGAAGAGCCGUGGACUCAUAGAGGUCAAUCAGGAGCUGCCUUAUGAUGAUAUCCUAGUCUCUGCGACUCCGCAACUUGAAGCAGAGUUUCAGAGCAGUGGGAACUAGUCAUCGGAUUAACUUAUGCUCCUUUGUUUAAGGGUAGUUUCAUGACAAGAUCUCAACCGUUUUUCACCUUGUCAUCUCCUGUAUAUAUCAGCCUGCACAUCGGGCACAUGUAUAAGCGUUAGGGUUAGGAACAUAGGCUUGGUUAAAGUUAAAGUUUAUGGUGUAGUUCUAACUUAUCAGAUGUAAAUUGCAUCUCUUUUUCUCAGGUGUUGAAUAUUCGUGGCAUUUGCCAGUGUAGUUUCAGAUAGUUCGCUUUGUGAGCGAUUUAUCCGUGUUACUGUGUAAUUCCGGAUCUUGCAAUGAUGUCUCGGGCUUAAGUUUCUUGGGUCUUUUGGAAGCAUCAG